CACAACAGAAAAUUAAAAACAGAGUUGAUAAAAAUUCGAAAAGUUACAAUGAUGCAUCAAGGUCUGGCAAUAGCCGUUCUGUUGUUUGGAAUUGUCUACAGAACACAGACAGCCCCCACUUUUUCGGGGCUUUGCGACGGUUGUCCCCUGAAGAACGGCGUUGGCCUGACGGGGUUCUUGAAUGACUGUACCAAAUACGUACACUGCGCUGAAGACGCACAGGGCGUCGUCCAUGGCACGGUUCAACCUUGCGCUUUCGGAACGGAGUGGAAUCAAAAUCUCCUGACAUGCGUUCCGCCGUCCAAUUCGACCUGCGGGGCCACGCAAGACAUUUGUUAUGGACAGCCUAACUAUAUUAGACGCCUGGGGGUAGGGAACUGUCGCGGUUACUGGGAAUGCAAGAAUGGUGACUCCGUACCGUUGUGCUGCCCGAUCGGUUAUUACUUUAAUAUCAUUACUGGCAACUGUGAUUCGACUGAUAGCGACCACGAGUGCUAUGAUAAAUGUUUCAACGAAUACUACGAAGAUACAAUGAAAAUGACCACCACACCAAGUCCUUGUUACAAUAAAAGGCCAGUUGCCGCCGAAUUAGACGUAUAUGAAGAAUGGAUCGAGGGAUGGGGCUGGAUCCAGAGAGGAUGUCCAAUAGGUCUCCAGUAUGUGCAAAGGGACUGUGACUGUACCCGGCGAGUGGUUGUACAGCAGAAGUGCGAGCCUGACCUCUUCCUUACUUUCGAGAGCGGUAUCAAAGACCAGUCCAACCUUGCCAACUAUAUUUUAAGUGAAAAUGUUGAAGUAAUGGACGGCAAGGCUUUUUUUAAAGCCGAUCAGGGAAGUCAACUUAUAAUUCCGCGUUACACGAAUGUCGGCAUGGCGAGUCUUACCAUUCACGUGAAAUAUUAUUCCGAUCACGAAAGCCUCACGCAUACCCAGGCGAUCGUAUCGAACAGCGACUGUGGAAUCACCCCGUCCAUUCUGCUUACGGAAGACAGCCGAUAUGUGUAUUUUACAGUGAGAACUGAUUUGGGCGAAAGUACAUUAGCCGUUCACCAGCCAGCGCUCACCAACGAGAAGGACGUUGUAUUAACGUAUCACAAUGGCAAUCUCUCUGGUCAGGUAAACGGGAUCAAGAAUACCAUGAUAAUAAACGGAAGUGGCAUCAGUCGAGUCCACUGCGCCCUCCAUGUUGGCAGCGCGGACGCGAACCGCGGACUUAACUUCACUGGGGUAAUUGAUGAACUGAGCCUGUCUAUGUGUGUGUAAUAUUUACUGAACUGUAUCGACGUGAUUACAUGUAAUUCUUUAUGUAAUAAUUUUAUAAUUUUCUUCAAACAUUUUUAAGUUAUCAAACCAAGUUAAGCUCGAUAGUGAAAAUACUGAAACUGGUAUUCGAAUCACAUCCCACUCAAGUCCAUUUCUUGAGUAGCAACUAGUACUGGCCAAGUAUUGUCGUCUGCUUUUGCUACCUUAAUAUAAGUUGUCUAUGACUUAAAAAUGAAUAUUUUCGGUAAAGUUUAAGUAAGAUUUUAGUAAUUUUUUAGAAGUUUUAUGGUACGUUCAGAGUAUAUAUUGAUUAAUGUUUUUUUGUCAUAAUCCAUAUAGUUUCAUAUAAGUACAUUUUCAUUUAGUAUUUCCCAAUUAUAAGU